AUGGAGCAGUACGAAGUACUUGAACAAAUUGGGAAAGGGGCUUUUGGCUCUGCCCUUCUUGUGAGGCAUAAGCAUGAGAAAAAGAAGUAUGUGUUGAAAAAGAUUCGUCUAGCCCGCCAAACUGAUAGGACUCGUCGAUCUGCACACCAGGAGAUGGAACUUAUCUCCAAAAUGCGAAAUCCAUUUAUUGUGGAGUAUAAAGACUCCUGGGUAGAAAAGGGUUGCUAUGUAUGCAUAAUCAUAGGUUAUUGUGAAGGUGGAGAUAUGGCAGAGGCUAUAAAGAAAGCCAACUGUGCUCUUUUUCCUGAAGAGAAACUGUGUAAGUGGCUUGUUCAACUCCUUAUGGCGCUUGACUACUUACACACGAAUCACAUUCUGCAUCGCGAUGUGAAGUGUUCGAAUAUCUUCUUAAUGAAAGAUCAAGACAUUCGUCUUGGUGAUUUUGGACUUGCCAAGAUGUUGACUUCAGAUGAUCUUGCCUCUUCCGUUGUCGGAACUCCCAGUUAUAUGUGCCCUGAGCUUCUUGCUGAUGUACCUUACGGCUCCAAGUCUGACAUAUGGUCUUUGGGAUGCUGUAUAUAUGAAAUGACUGCUCUUAAGCCCGCAUUCAAAGCAUUUGACAUGCAAGCACUGAUCAACAAAAUCAAUAAGUCUAUUGUGGCACCACUACCAACCAAAUACUCCGGUGCAUUUCGGGGCCUCAUUAAAAGCAUGCUGCGGAAAAAUCCAGAACUUCGGCCAAGUGUAUGUACUGUUUUGUGUUAUGCGGUUCAUGCUUUCUUUGGUAGAAGAAUCAAUACAAGUAUAGAACGACUGCCUAAGACGACCUAUGAGAUUCAUUUCCUGUGA